CACGCGCAGUCGCAAAAUGGAGAAGGAUUCCGACUCGCUCCUGCGCGAGGCCGCCAUCGCUGGCGAUCUCGUCAAGCUUGAAUCUCUCCUCGCCGCCGGCGCCGAUCCCUCCGUCUUCGACGCCGACGGCAUGAACCCGCUCAUGCACGCAGCCUUCCAUGGCCACUCCGCCGCCGUCAGCCGUCUCCUGGAAGCCGGCGCUCCAUGGAAUGCUGUAUCCCCUUCUGGGAUCUCCGCCGGAGAUCUCGCCAUGGAGCACGGCCACCAGGAAGCCUUUGAUGCUCUCCUCAACGCCGGACUCCGAGCUGAGCUCGUUCUCGGCACAAUCGCUCGCUCCGAUUCGGAUCGGAAGAACGAGUACCUUGAUGAUAGGGUUUCGUUCAGCGAGGAUAAGGUGAUGGACGCGGAGAGCAAGGCGGUGAUGAUGGCUUGGGAGAGGCCGCUGAUGGAGGCCCAUGCGCGGGCGGUGUGCGGGAUUGGAAAUGGAGGGAGGAUUCUGAAUGUAGGGUUUGGAAUGGGGCUUGUUGAUGAGGCCAUUCAGAAGUAUGCGCCGGUGGAGCACACCAUUGUUGAGGCACAUCCUGAGGUUUAUGAGCGGAUGAUUCGAUCUGGCUGGGGGGAGAAGGAGAAUGUUAGGAUUGUGUUUGGGAAAUGGCAGGAUGUUCUUCCUCAGCUUCAAUCCUAUGAUGGAAUAUUUUUUGACACUUAUGGAGAAUACUACGAGGACCUGAGGCUAUUUCAUCAGCAUCUUCCUAAGCUCCUGAAGCCUGGAGGAAUCUAUUCAUACUUCAAUGGCCUUUGUGGGGACAAUGCGUUUUUCCAUGUAGUUUACUGCCAGUUAGUUUCUCUAGAACUUGGAAAUUUGGGUUACUCCACACAAUUUAUUCCCUUGCCUGUCAAGGAUUGUUUGGCAGAGGAAGUGUGGGAAGGUAUUAAACAUAAAUACUGGCAGCUAGACACAUAUUACCUACCUGUUUGUCAGGCUUCAAGUGAGUCAGAGUGAUGUUUUGAUCGAAUUUUUCUGUUUUAUAUGAUUUGGAGUAUGAGGAAUGAUAUUAUCAUUUUAAAACUGCAGCUUUCAUAUAAGAUGUGGCUGAUGAUGUGAUCACAUUAUUAGCAUAACCAUCUCUAGCACAUCUAGCUUGUUGAGCUGUAGAUUUAGUGUUCUAGUUCAAAAUAGGUACGUGCAGGUGAUAGGAAUGAACUUUCCUCAUUUGUUUGCUAUUUAGUGCUGUAAUUCAGUUAACUUAGUGUGUUUCUGCUAGGUGUUGGUGUUUAAGUUAUGCACACAUUUUUCUCAAGUUGUAUUCUGUACUUGUAUGCUCACUUCUUUACCUCUUAAAUGAUCCGGCCACUUCACAUUUCAUGUCCUCUCCUUUUUGUUGCCUAUUUACAU